AUGGUGGCUCAGCACCACGCGUCCACCUCAAGACCACUAGGACUCGCGCUAACCGUAUUUCUGGAGGAGGAGAAUCAGAGGGAGGCCAGCGCAUGGAGAUAUGUGAAACAGUUCAUCACAACGGCUUCUGUAUCCUCUGCCAGGGAUGGCUCUGCAUCAUUCAAAGAGAAUCCUCUCUUUAUGUGCAACCAUUGCCCCAGAGUGAUGUGCCGGCUGUGCAUGGAGCUCCCACUGGGCACUGAAGACACGAUCCUUGGUGAGGACGUGUCUUUCAGGUGUAUAUGUUGCCACAUGACUAUGGAGAAGCAGGGCGCACCAUACUAUGGCUUCUACUAUCGUGACAGCACGACAGUCCUCCAGUCUUUUCUACAGAUCCACGCUUCCCUCGAACUCUCAUCACGUGCCGAAAUUUCCGCUGCCCCCAUCUUAUUCAUCCAUCUUGUCCUCAUCGACUUCGAAACUACUAGCAGCCCCUUCUCUUUCACUCAUUCGUUCCUCCAGCCGUACUUCACAAGCAGGGGUAUCGAAUAUCGUGAGAUUGCGUACGACAUUAUCUCUGCCCCGGGUGCUUACCUCAAAACGGUCGGUCAAAUUAUCAAGGCCCUCAAGAAUUCUGACAAUGACCAUGGUGACCUGUUUGCUGGGUACUCCUGUGAUGAUGGCGAGAAGCACUAUGGCAGCGCUGGAUCUGACGAAUUCUUGGAGAUUAUUCUCCGUCCAUGGCAGUCUCUCCUCGACUGUGCCAAGGAAACAUACCUGUGGCUUUUGUGCUGUGGCUCCAUUGUCAACAACAGUGAUUCGUUCGCAGGGUUGCAAUGUGCAGUAGUCCUGCUCUCCGCCACCAUCGCUUUCAAUGCCCGGCGUUUCCAGCCAUCCUUUGCGUCUCAUUUGCUCCUGGCAUUCACAGAGCAAGUCCUCAUCGAACGUUGCCCCAUCCUGCCUUUCCUUUGGCGAAAUGCUGGGUCAAUCAUACAAACUUGGUUGCCACACUGA